UAACACCGUGAUCUCAUAAUAUUUAAAGAUCCCGGAAGAAAUAAACAUCCGAUAUCUUACAAUGUAUACAUUUUCACUGUGUCAAAUAUCCAUAAAAGAACACAUCUGACGUUAUUCUAAUUUAUAGAGGGUAUAUCCUUAUAUUAGUGUUGGACACAACAUAACUGCACCUAAGCUGGAUUAAGGGGAUUUAAAGACAUGAAGUGCUCUGGGCAUAUCUUGUAUAUGUUUUUGACGUUGGUGACGUUGCUCUGCUCUAAACUGUCCGCUGGUCAAGAAAGUUGCGACGGCAAUCAGACACACUAUAUGAGACGUAAUUACAUACGUGUGAACGAAUCAUGUAUAAAGAAUACAACAACAUUUACAGCCAUUCCAGGCAACUGCAAUGGGUUUGAAAGAUUUUUCUGGGGAAUCUUUGAUAGCGACAAAUGCAAGACAAAAUACAGACAAAAAGAUGUUACGAGGACAGUUUAUUGUCUAGUCUAUAAGAAGGGUUAUACUCUCGAAUGUUGCCAUGGAUACAUUAAAGAUGGUCAAAAUUGCUCCAAAGGCUGUGAAAAGGGAAAAUAUGGCGCAGAUUGCACAAAGGAUUGCCUGUGUUCUAACCAAGAACUGUUUUGUGAUAUUAACUCUGGCUCGUGCCUGUGUCCUGCAGGUUUCACAGGAAAAAAUUGUACGGACGAAUGUGAAGAGGGCUUCUUUGGAAGUAACUGUACAAACGAGUGCGCAUGUGAGAACAACAGCACAUGUGAUAAAAGAAAUGGCACGUGCAAUUGUACAUCACCCGGAUGGGAAGGUGAUAUGUGUGAUAAAGAAUGCACCAGUGAGACAUAUGGGCUAUACUGCAAAGAAACGUGCACGUGUAAUGAAAACGAAACAUGUGAUCAUGUGACUGGAAACUGCACGUGCAAACCUGGCUGGAAAGGAAACAAUUGUUCUCAGGAAUGCGACGGUUUUACUUUUGGUAUUGACUGUAACGAGAACUGCACGUGUAAAAUGGACCAUGCGGAAUCAUGUGAUAAAGUCACCGGUGAAUGUCACUGUCUGGAUGGUUACAUGGGAAACUGUAGUGACGAAUGUUCAUAUGGAUGGUAUGGCAAAAACUGCAAUGACAAAUGUUCUGAAAUAUGCACGGGUACCACGUAUUGUGAUCCUUUUAACCACACGUGCAUUUGUAUCAGCCGGAAGGGAGCAAACUGUUCAGAAGAAUGUGACGAUGGCUAUUAUGGACUGAACUGUGAAAUGGACUGCCCCUGUAACACUAGUCACAGUAAUGGGUCUUGUAGUACCAGUGGCCAGUGCGUGUGUCUGGCUGGUUGGACAAAUCGUACAUGUGAACAAGAAUGCCCGCCUGGAUUGUUUGGUCCAAACUGUGAAGGAAAUUGUUCCGAGGAAUGCACGGGAACCACACACUGUGAUCGUUUUAAUGGCACGUGCAUCUGUGUCCACAGCAAAGGCGUUAACUGUACCGAAGAUUGUGACGAAGGGGUUUAA